AUAUCUGUAACUAGUAUUUCAUAUAAUGAAACAAAAAAUUAUCUUGAUAAGUAUUACUAUCUUGUUUCUAUAAAGAGAACAAAGCAGUUCACUCAAAUAUUUGCAAACUUUUUCCUAAUAAUUUCACAAGAUGAUAAAUCUAAAAUAGAUUUAGACAUAUCUGUAGUUAGCAGAAUAUUUUGUACUUUACAAUCUGUACUCAAAUUAGUUCAA